AUACUUAAUUGUAUUAUUUUAAGUUUACUGUAAAUUAAUGAUUCACAGAGUCCUGCAAACGAUAGUCUGAAUAAUCCUCAACACAACUCACCCUUAUCAAACUCAAAUGCAGUAGAGGAGAAACGGAGUAUUUAUGAUUUCAUCCCAUCUCCGUCGCUUAUGGAAAUUGAAACGUUGCCUCGGGAGGAUCAAGAUUCUGAUGAUUCCUAUCUCUCGGAAACUGAGAAUGUCAUGCGGAAGUAUCGCUCUUUGCAGCAGAAACAAGAGCAGCAACGUCUGAAGAACAGGAAAAUCCCCAAUGGAGAGGGUUUGGAGGAAAAUGAAAAAGAGGUUCCCGCCACUAGGAAGAAGAAUCCGAGGAAAUUAAUAAUUUCCGAAGAAGUGCGCUCAAGAGCAGAAUCGAUGAGGGAGCUCAACAAUGUCAUCAGGGAGCGAGAUCUAUUAAAGGAGGAUAAUGCAGCCCUAAAAAUCAAGGUGCACAAAUUAGAGGAAGAUAUUGAGAAAGCUGAACUCAGAAUGGACCUGUCAGUGAGCGUCGUGAAAAAAACCGUGCAAGAAGCGGUGAGGACACAUUCUGAACGUCAUAAACUCAUUACUAUCGAUAAACAAACGAAGCUGGUGCACUUGCCUCAUGAAAAAACGAUGGCUCUUCUGAAAUACCAGCAGAUUUUGCAUCAGAAAACUUUUCGAAAACGUGUAAAUAAACUCAUUGAGUGGUACUGGCCUGAGAGAACCCAGAGAGACAACUUUUAUUUUGAGAUCAAGGAAAAAACAGCCCACGAGCAUCCAGAAGCAGAGCUCGUUCCAAGUGAUGAUUUAAUUAUAUUGAAAGAUAUUUUGGAAGCGUUACAAGAAGCUCAUUGGCUCGUCGCCUUGGAUGCCGCGGGAAAUGAAGUACCUUGGGAACUGGCCUACAAAGGAAACAUCCAGACCAAGCUCAACUCCGAUCGUGACGUUCACAAAAAGGCGAAGGAGAAAAAAAGAAGUACUCGACGGGCAAAAUAAAAUUAAGAGAUUAUUUGUACU